CUAUGGUACCCGGGUUGUCCAAUGACAACUAAUAAAUAUAUUUUCAACGUUCUGGCUGUAAUUCCUUAUGUUUUGCCUGCGUUCGCCAUAGAUAUCUUUUUAAGACUCCGAGGUAGUAAACCAAUAAUGAUGAAACUUCUCCAAAAUGGCAAUAAGCUGUUUACAAUGACAGCAUAUUUCGCUCUGCACGAAUGGACUUUCCAAAGGGAUAACUGUUCCGGUUUGGUGAGAAAAGUGAAAAUGUUGAAGGACAGCGAUAUGGUCAGACUAGAUUUACGGGAUAUGGAUUGGGAGAAGUACGUUGCAAUUUACCUGAUGGGAAUGAGGAAAUUUAUUCUGAAGGAAGACUUUAAUUCAACAGCACAACAACGGUUAUCAAGGUUGUACUGGAUAGAUCAGAUCACAAAAAUAUCGGGUAUAAUAACUUUGUUAUGGAUAAUAUUAUAUUUUGUAUACUGACUAUUUGAACGUUACCUUUUUGUCUUUGAAAGACAAUAUAAAUAGCUAUAAACAAUGAUAAUAGAAAAUAAAUAUCUUUCACAAUAAUGUAUUUCUGAAUGCUCUCUUUGGUUUCUGAAUUGUUUGUUCACAAACCUUGUAGUUCUUUGACCAGUCGGAGUUAAGGUAUAGACACCAUCGACGAAAUAGGGAGCAGACGUGACAGUCAGAGCUGAAUAAAAUGUUACCCCACAUAAUAAGUAGUACUGUUACUCCGAUUUAUACGUUCAAAGUGAAUGUUUAAAAUAGAGACAUAGUAGACAGUAUCGGCGGUUAAGGAACUUGGAGACAGUACCUGAUUCUUCCGAAUAUUCUUAAAGUUUGUUCAUUUCUUAUAUUUCCAUUGUUUACGCAUAUGAUUUGUGUUAUCGCUAUAAAUCCGAAUACUGAAAUCUUUCAUAGUCCGAUUUUCUUAUAUGCAGGAAUUCAAUCCUAAAUUAGUAGGUUAUUCACUUGGAGACGCUAUAAGUAUUGAUCCAACUGCGCAGUUAAACGUC